UGGACUAUCCGCGUGUCUGUUCACCUGUUCGCGGCAUCGCAUCUCUUCGCGCUACCGCACCGAGUCACGCUCUCAGCCUUUUCACAUAACGCACGCACGUUCCUCAUAAACAGAAACUCUCCCUCACGUCAGUCUGCCUAAACGUGGUUCAAGUUUUUCCUCAUCCGUGGCCGAUCCGAGUGAUAAUCGACAAUCGUACCGCGGCCCAACACCUGAGUUCCGAGUUCUGAGUUCCGAGUUCCAAAAAUUUCGGAAGAAGACGUUUCUGUUCCGUAUCACGAACCGAUUCGUACAUUUGGCUAUCAAGUAGGCUCUCUCGGCUCCGUCCCCCUUGCCAUCGAUAUGAAACAACCAACGGUACUGAUUUCCGCACUACUCGGACUUUUCGCUAUCUCCGAUGCUCUGCCACGAGAUUCGAACAAUUACGAAGACAUGUCCUUUUGGUUGAAAUCUGGACAAGAGGAUCUUCGGAGAAACCUAGCUUACAGGAACAAUGAAAAUCGUGCGAAGAACGUAAUCGUGUUCAUCGGGGAUGGCAUGGGAAUUUCGACGAUCACAGCCGGCCGUAUAUUCAAAGGCCAAACGAAGGGCGCUACUGGCGAAGAAUACAAAUUGGCUUUCGAGCAAUUUCCCAACACCGGGUUUGCCAAGACUUACAACACUGACAAGCAAGUGCCCGAUUCCGCCGGAACGGCGACCGCGAUAUUUUCCGGCGUUAAAUGUCGUUAUAGGAUGAUCGGACUGGAUGCCAAAGCAUCCUACAAUCAUUGCGACAAACGCGUCGAUCAAGAGAGUAAGCUUACAACGGUCGCCGAUUGGGCUCAGCAAAGCGGUAUGAGCACCGGAUUCGUAACUACAACUCGGAUCACGCACGCAACACCAGCCGGAUUGUACGCUCACACGAAUAAUCGUGAUUGGGAGUGCGAUACCUCGAUACCGAAACAAUACAAAGAUUGCGUCAAGGACAUAGCCAGACAGUUGAUCGAGGAUGCACCUGGAAAUAAAUUUCAGGUGAUGAUGGGUGGUGGAGCACAACACAUGGGUCUACCGCUAGAGCCGGUCGAUCCCGAGACCUGUGUCAGAGAAGACGGAUUAAACUUGGCAGAGGUAUGGACGAAGAACAAUCCCGAGGGAAAUCUGGUAACAAAUGCCGAACAACUCAUGUCCUUAGAUGUCGCGAACGUCUCGAAAAUUCUUGGAAUCUUUGCUACCAGUCACCUUCCGUAUCACGCGGUCAAGCCAGUAGAGGUACCGAGCCUAGCCAAUAUGACCGCACAGGCUAUCAAGUUGCUUAACAAAAACAAAAACGGUUUUUUCUUAAUGGUGGAGAGUGGCAAGAUAGACCUAGCCCAUCAUCGCAACUACGCGAAACUAGCGUUACGAGAAGUGUCGGAGCUGGAAGAAGCGGUAUUGACCGCGUUGCAACAAGUGAAAUUGGAAGAAACACUGGUGAUUGUAACCGCCGAUCACUCGCACGCCUUCACCAUCAAUGGUUAUCCGAACAGAGGAAACGACAUCCUCGGAUUCGCCAAUGAUCCAAACAAAGUGGACAUGCCGGCCUACGAAACGCUCAACUACGCCAAUGGUCCAGGAUUUUUCCAUCACAGACGAAAUGACAGUACGAACGUUAACGAUACGUGGAGACCGGUCGAUCAAGACGAGACGCGCAACGAACCCUUCUACAUGCAAAUGGCUGCCAUAUAUAUGAAGGACGAAACGCACGGAGGUGAAGACGUCGGAGUAUACGCGAUAGGUCCGUACUCUCACCUGUUUCGCGGUACCUUCGAGCAAAACUACAUUGCUCACGUGAUAGCAUAUGCUGCUUGCUUCAAAGACUGGCCUUCUCACUGUGAUAACACGUACGAUCGUUACUUUUACAAACUGACCAAUUCGGUGGAUCGAAUCACAAUCUCACCCUUUUUUCUCUCUUUUCUAUCGUUCGCCUUUAUUCUGAUCGUUGCCAGAAAUUAGCCGUCUAGGUAUCUUUUUCUUUAACUCCGUUAUUUUCCUACCUUCUUUUAUCAUCGUUAUUUUACGUUUUGGCAACCAGGCAACCGCGACGGUAUCAGUUUUAUUCUUUCUUCUGUACACAUUAUUUUCCACGAUUUAGGUUCAGCGUAUCGCGUAAUAUUUGACGUUACUCUUCUCCUAUGUUGACACUCUUUACCUGUAUGUCGCCUGUAUCUGCGAACCCAGUACAGUGCCAGUAACCAGUACACCCGCUCGAAUCUACAUCCUUUGUACAUAGUAGGUAUAUAUUAUACACCUGUAUAUAAGUAUACAUACACGUAAAUAUAAUUGUACACAUUAAAAGCAAGAGAAUAAUUUGACUCGCGCCAACAACGACACUGGCUAACAAUAAGAUAAAAUAAAAAUUAUCUAGACGAUAUUGAA